UAUUCACAAUUCUGCCAGCUGGGCGGUUCCUAAUUUUUAAUAUUUAUAUUUAAUUUAAGCAUUUUUAAAAUAAUUGCCAUUGUGUGCCUCAACAACCAAAUUUAAUGUUUGAGUCAGUGCCAGACGCGGCGUGUACAUCAACCUUUACACUAAUUCAAGAGAGGCGAGCCGUGUGCACGCACUAUAUGGCAGAGGCUUCAUCAUGAAGGUGGACGCAGAAGCCAGGGAAGCAGUGCCGGCCUGCAACGUCACCCUGAUUGCUAGUAAUACAGAAUCGCCAGUGUCAUCCCUUGAUGACUGCGGUGUGAGUGAGACAGAGGGUAUACCGACACCUCAGAAGGCGCUACUUGCCAAGCUGGAGGAAGAAAAUAGAAGAAUCGAGGCGGACGCUAAGAGCCCCUCGCUCACAACUGUCCACAGCCGCAAGAGCUCGGACACAUCACAAAUAUCACUGGCCUCUGCCACAAGUUCAAGUCAUGAAGAGGCACGGGUUGCUACAAACGGAGAGGAGGAUCUGUGGGGUUUGUGGGGCAGAUUAGUCAGCAACUGGGAGAAUGAAUGGCGGAGGCGCAACCAGUUUGUGAGGGAUCUGGUGAGGCAGGGAGUGCCUCAUCAUUUCAGAGGGAUUGUAUGGCAGCUGCUGGCUGGCGUCGAUUCGUCGCCGGAGAAGAAGUUGUAUGCGUCUUAUAUUAAGGCCAAAUCAGCUUGUGAAAAGGUGAUUCGACGUGACAUAGCCAGAACGUACCCAGAACACGAUUUCUUUAAGGAAAAGGACGGAUUGGGGCAAGAGUCGCUAUUUAAUGUGAUGAAGGCGUAUUCGCUACAUGACAGAGAAGUUGGCUAUUGUCAAGGAUCUGGAUUCAUAGUAGGAUUACUUUUAAUGCAGAUGCCAGAAGAAGAAGCCUUCGCGGUUUUGGUUAAGAUAAUGCAACAGCAUCGCAUGCGGGACAUGUUCAAACCCAGUAUGGCUGAACUCGGGCUGUGUAUGUUUCAACUGGAGAAUUUAGUUCAGGAACUGCUGCCAGACCUGCACGUUCAUUUUCAAUCACAGAGUUUCAGUACAUCGAUAUACGCUAGCAGCUGGUUCCUGACUUUGUUCACCACGACGCUAUCCCUACCGUUGGCGUGUCGCAUCAUGGACGUGUUCCUCUCGGAAGGUAUCGAGAUCGUUUUCAAGGUCGCACUAGCGAUGCUCACACUCGGCAAGAACGAUCUGCUAUCGCUGGAUAUGGAAAGCAUACUCAAGUAUAUACAGAAGGAGUUACCAGCGAAGGCGGAGGCAGAUCAAGAUGGUUUCAUGAAUCUAGCGUAUUCUAUAAAAGUUAAUCCAAAGAAAAUGAAGAGAUUGGAAAAAGAAUACACUGUUAUUAAGACAAAAGAGCAAGGGGACAUCGCUGUCGUUAGGUGCCUGCGUCAAGAGAAUCGUAUUCUGAAACAGCGUGUGGAGCUUUUGGAGAAGGAGAGCUCUGCGUUGGCUGAGCGUUUGGUUCAAGGUCAGGUGGACAGAGCCGAGGGUGAGGAAGAAACCUUCGCACUGGCGAGAGAAGUGCAAGCCUUGAGGAGGGCCAACGUUGACGCUCAACAAAGACUCGCCGUUGCCCAGGACGAGAUACGAUCGCUGGAGAUGACUAUUGCUGAGAAUAACUCAAGACAAUCAUCACUAGAAGGUACUGAGGGUAAUAACGUUAAAGGUGAGGAGUUAGCUCGUUGUCUUCAAAGAGAGCUGGUGCGGGCCAGACUGGACGCGGCGGAGAGACAGGCUCAAGAAAGGGAACUGAUCGCGAGGAUCGCUGAACUUGAAAACGAAAAUAAGACGCUGAGGAAACAAAGGGUUGACAAUAAUGUGGCACAUUUACAGGACGAGUUGAUCGCCGUUAAACUAAGGGAGGCCGAAGCUAAUUUAUCCUUGAAAGAUCUUCGGCAACGUGUUACAGAACUGUCGGAGGCUUGGCAGAGACAUCUACAAGAACAUAGACAAGAAACUCCAACGCCUCCCGCCCAGUCCAACGUGGUCUCAGAUAUAAUGGCCACCCCCAAGAAACUGUUGCGAGCGUGGGAGGGAAGAUCCACUGAUAUGCAGAAAGUUGAGGAGGAACUUAUGACUGUUAAAAUACGUGAGAUUGAGGCACUCACAGAAUUGAAGGAGCUAAGGUUGAAGGAGAUGGAGCUGCGUACUCAAGUGCAGGUGUCGACGAACCAGCUGCGACGGCAGGACGAAGAGCUGCGACAGCUGCGUGAAGAGCUGGACGCAGCGCUACAGCGGGAACGAGCGCUGGUUACUAGACAGAGGGAGUUCCAGCAUAAAUACGCUGACCUUGAGAGCAAGGCUAAAUACGAAUCCAUGCAAGCGAAUAUUAGAAAUAUGGAGGACGCCCAGAGAAUAGCGGAGCUGGAAACAGAAGUCUCUGAAUAUAAAUUAAAAAACGAGGUAAUGGCUACAGAGGGUGAACUCCGCAGCAAUAUGGAUGACUCGGAGAGAGUUCGGGAAUUACAGGAACAGGUCGCUGAGCUGAAGGCUGAGCAAUUUCUAGCAGGUGAUGAGGUUACAGGCGUGGCGUUCCCGAGUGUACGGGCAAAGUUUUAGCAGAUCUGUCUCCUUAGAGGAAGACUUGGAGGACGAUGAAAAACUCAAACUAACAUUACGCAGGGAGUCAGCCGCUUCGCUCGACAUGAAAAAGACGUAGCCACGCUUGUAGAUAGUCCGUGUUCCAAUUUUAAAUCGACGUCAAGCCCGAAUUGGUAUUGGAUUUCUUUUUUCUUCUUUUCAAUGUGUUUUUUUUUUUAUUGACUUGGAUUUAAAAUUGAACUGUGAUACGGAAGGUAUUUUUGAAUUAGGCUAUGUUUUGAUGAUCUUCAUGAGUGUGCUUAAUGAGUACGUUGUGUUAUGAUUUGAAUGCAAUUUAUUAUUAUAUUGUAGAUAUAUGAUGCUGCUAUAUUUAUAUAAAUAAUUUAUGAAGAUAAAGAAUGUGAUGUCAAGAAAGUUUUCUAUACUCUGGCCAAGUUGAAGUAUACUUAACAGAGAUUACAGUCAAUUUUAACAAUUAAUGAAUAUAUAACGGAAAAAAUGUAUACAAUAUUGCCUCAAAAACUAACAGUCAUAUCUUGACAGGGAUUGCGAAGUAGAAUUUUUAAGUUUUGGCUAUUUGACCAAUUAUGUUAAAAAACUAAAAAAAAACGGUCUAUCUGAAUAUAAAAAGGUAUGUCUGAGAGAAAAUUGAUAGAAAUUGGCCGAAGUAAAGUACUGUAUAAGAAUGUGUUAGACUAUAUUUUAAGUAUAUUUUAUAUCAAACCACAUAUUAUGUGGCACAUAACGAUCUACCCAUUUCAACGUUACAUAACAUACAUUAUUGAUUUUACUUCACAUUAAACUUUUUGUAACUGAAUUCAUUCAAUUCUUUAAUACUUUUCUUCUUUUUCUUUGAAGACUAUUCAAAUGUAAUGAUUCUUUACAUAAUUCGCGCUAAACCCCUUUUCAUCGCCUGUUUCUUUUGUUUUUUUUUUUUAUUCUUUUUUCAAAUUCUCGAUUUCAACCAAUGCUGAUUUUUUAUUAAAUGCUAUUGUAUCACGUAACGUAUUAACGGAAUUGUUAACUUGUAAUUUCAUGGUGACAAUAUUAUAUUUGUCCAAUUAUGACCGAAUUUUAUAGUAUGGCUGCUACGUCAUAGAGUUUAAAACAGUGUAUUAUGGUUUUGCUUAUAUCCCGCACCAUAUAUUUUAAUGUGUUUUUUUUAUUCUAUUAACAACAAUAUAUACUAUAUCGUCUAUGGAUUAAUGUGUAAGACUAAAAAAAUGUACCGAGUACCUCGAAUGGCACUUGUAAAGUAACUUAUUACAGGCGUUUUGUAUAUUUAUAUUAGAAUUUAAUAAAGUAUUUAAGUGAUUACAUGUAGACCACACUUCCAUGUAGAUUUCUUGCUAUUUACUUACUGUUUCAGACCGUAUUAUUUGUGUGCAACUUUAUUAUCACACAAUUAUAAUAAUAAUCUAUUAAAAAAAAAUUAGUGUAUUUUCUAGAAGAUUUUUUUAUUACUAGAUCUACAUCUGUAUAUAUAAUUUAAAUACUAGCUUUAGUCACUCCAUACAGUUCAAUUCUUGAUGCCAAUUCCAAAAUACAAAUAAUAUCUACAAUUAUAUUGGAUGAUUAUUUUUGUAUUAUUUUUAAUUGUUAUAAAGCGUUUUAUACAAUAGUUUUAAAUAAAUUUAAAGCAAUAGCGUUACAAUGCUGUGAAUGUUUUGCAAUAAAUUCGUAACUAUAAACAUUCAGAAAUGUAAAAAUUCAUCUAAUAUUUUUCUUUUUUUUUUUAUUUCGAAAACCAACCAGUACUAACAAAUUUCAUAAAAUAACUUUACAAAUUGAUCUCAAUUAUUGUUUCUUAUAUAUAAAUCUAUAAAGUGAAGUUUAAAAAAAAAUAUUAAACAACUAAUAUAUACCUCUUCAUAAAAUCUAUGAGAUUCAUAAUAGUCUCUAGUUGGAGAUAGUUUUUUUUUUGUUUUUUAAUAUAUAGUUUACUGAAAUAAAUUUUAAAUAAUCUUAUUACCAGUAUUAAAGAUAUCAAAAUUCGUAAAUUUUUUUAUUUUAAAAAUGUACAUAUAAUUUCUUAUUUGUAUUGUAUUAUUAUAACUGACAUUCCAUUUAGUUUUUCUAUAUAUUUAAAUUGUUGCUGUUGUGUGAAUUUUUUUUUUAGUAUUAUAAAAUUAAUAUUGUUUUUCUAAACUGCAUAUGACAAUAGAAUAGGAAUUGUAGAAUAUGAGCUUUAGAUGUCUCAGGUUUUUCGUGAAAAUCUUAACUAUUUAAAAAAACGGUAUCCUCGACCUUUGACUACAACUAAAUUUAUGAGUUUUUAUUUGUACUUAUUUAGAAUAGAUUUAUUAGUAUCUAAAGCGAUAAGCUUAUUUACUCAACAUUUAUAACGUCCCACAGUUUCAAAUAUUUCUUUGCAAUUUCAUAGUAACGGGAUAAAAUUUAUCGAAGAACGUUCGUGCUCUCUAAAUAAAUUCGAAUUGCGCAACCAAAAAAAACAAUUAAACUAUAUUUGUCAAUUAUUACAUAAGCACGAAUUAAUAAAACAGAAUUUUAUUUAUAAAAUUUAUAAUAUGUCACAUGUAAGAUCUGUAUUCACGGCUUCUCCAAACUUUCUGAAUUAAUUUCUUUUAUAUAUUAAUAUAAAUGAAAAUGUUAUGUUUUCAGUUUAAACAAUUUUUAAAUACAUAUAUCGAAUAACGUAUGAUUAAUUGGCAGCUCAUAUUUAUAUAUAGAAUUUAUUGAUAUUCUUAUUUCAAAUGUUACAUACACCUACCUACAACAGUGAAUUAUUUUAUCUGAACAAAAAUUAUUAAAAAAGUUUUUGCGUAAUAUAUUUCAAUUUGUGAUAUUUUAUUAUAGUUCCGUUUUAAAGAUUUAGAAUCGCCUACCAUCUAAUACAUAAAUAAAAAAAUAUAUACAACGCAAAAUAGUGCUGUUCAAACUUCAACGAAAUGCUUUAACUUUUGUAUUAUUUUAUUUUAUAUAUUAAAACCUGAUAUUAAUGAAUCAUCUUCUGUUCUUUUACGUCCUGUACCACUAUUCUUAUAUAAUUUAUUGGACAUUUCACAACAGUAUUUGAUAAUCGAAUGAAUGUAUUGAAAAACUUUUUUCAUUCACUAUCAACCAUCCGUCAUAAACAACUUCGGAAACUCAAGAUAUAUUUAACCAAUUUUAGAAGUAGGAAACACAUAAAGAUAACGAUUUUUUUAUACAUUUAAUAUUUCAAUUAAAUAUUCAACUAUGGCAAUCAGUCAGUGGAUGGAUUCUGCAUUGUUUAUAAUUUUUAAUUUAAUCGUCUAGCUCGGGUCGUGCAUAAUAAAAGGAAAUUAAUUAAAAAUUACUACAUUUAUGAUAUUGUAUUGCCUACUAUGUAGUUGUUUUGUAUAUUUUAUAAUAAUAACAUUAUAUUUGAAAAGAAGUUUUUCUUGAUAUUAUUUAAAAUUAAUUAUUAUUUAUGGCAACCCCUUAUUUAUACGAAUCUUAUUUUGAAUUUUAUAAUAUAUCUUACUUUCUUUUUUAUCCUGUUUGUGAAUAAUAUGCUUACAGCGUAAUAUUUUUUUACAUAUUAUAAUGAUUUUUGUAUUGUAUACUUAUUAGUAACUGUAGAUCUAACUGUAACCUUUAUUCUUAAUAAAUUAAUUUGUUUUGA